AUGGAGAAUUGGACAGUAAAGAAAGUUGGUGAUUGGUUGAAAGCAAAUGGUUUUAAAAAGCAAGUUAAAAUAUUUAAGGAUAGGAACAUAGAUGGAAAUGCUCUAAUGAAACUAACGGAUGAUGAUAUUGUACAACUACUUUUGGAAGUUAAUAAAGAUGGAACGAUACAAGAACCAACAAUUGGAAUGAAAAGUAGAUUUAGAACAAUGUUAAUAGAAUGGAAAAGAGAGAAUGAACAAAAAAAGCAGACUAAUCAAGAUGAAACUGCUAAUGUUUCAUCUAUCAUCGUUCCAUCUAAUGCGACUGAUUUAACUAAUUUAAAUGAGGUUAAACACCAAGAUGAUGUCGUUUCUAAAAAAUCUAAAAAGAAACACUCUGAUAAUGAUAUAUGUGAAGUUAAUUAUUUAAUUGAAGAUGACAUUCAUAUUCAAUUCCUCAGAAAUCCAAAAUUUCUUCCCUAUUUAAUUAAUUACAUAAAACAAGAAAUAUUUUCAAUUGAAAUUGAUAUUAAACAAGUAAAUUCAAAAGAUGAUGAAUCAUUACUUAAUUAUACGGUUAAAUUAAUAGGAAAAAAACAACAAAUUCGAGUUGUUCGAAGUUUUAUUAAAAAUUUAUUUAAAUCAAUAAAAUCAAAAAUUUAUCAUCAAAAUAAAAUUCGAAAAUGGUUAUUUGAUUUAACAUUCAUUAAUAUUAUUCAAAAUAUAUUAGAUAAUGAAAGUCAUCUAUUUACUCUAUGUCAAUUUAGUAGAAGAAAUAAUAAAAUCUUAGAAAUUUAUUAUUUUGAUAAUGAAAAAUUUAAUUCUUUUCAAAAUCCUAUUGAAAUUGAUAAUAUCAUUCAAAAUCAAAUUUCCGAAGAAAAUAUUAUUUUAUCAUCAAAUAAGCAUUUACAAAUUAUUGAACAUAUAGAUAUAAAUUCAAAAAAAAUCUUAUCAAAUUAUAAAAUUGGUCCAUCGAAAAAAUAUGAAGAAGAACUACAUAAGAAUAUAAAUCAAUAUGAACAAGAUAAUAUGUUAAUUUCUAUUACUCGAAAUCCAUAUUGUAAAAAUCGAAGUAAUACAAAACAAAUAAUUAGAAUAUUUGGAUAUCGAAAAUUCGUCGAAGAAAUUUUGCAAAAGUUCAAGGAUUUAUUCGAUAAAUAUAGAUUGAGAAAAUAUAAAUUUAGUCAAUUUUCAUCUGAACAACUUGACUAUCUUGCAGACACUUUUGGUCAAGCAUUGUCUAGUGUUGGAGAAGAAUUUCAAGACGGUUAUGUAAUUUACCAUUUAAGACAAAAUCAAUUUUAUGCACCAGAAUUUUUAAAAAAUGAAGUUCAAAAUUUUAUCAUAAGUUUAUUAUCCAAUUUAAAUACAAAAACACUGAAAACAACAGAAUUCUAUUAUGAUAUUGCUGAUAAAUUAUGUUCAAAUAUAAAAAAUAUUGCUCAACAAAAUCAUUGUUAUUGUGAAUUAAAAUUAAAAACAAAAUUAAAAUCUUAUUCAAUUCCAAGAUCUAAUGAAAAUACAUUGAUUACAUCGAAAUCAAUUAUUGAACAAUCAAAUUUAUUGUGUUCAUUACCAUUCGUUUUUUGUCAAACGAAAUUAACCCAUGGAUCAAUUGACGUUCUUAUGGGUGAUAUUGCUUUACAAAAAGUCGAUAUUAUUAUUAUUCCGUCAACAUCAUUUGGAUUAAAAGAAAAUUUAAUCGAACGAGCAGGUAAAAUCAUUGAACAGCAAUCAUUAAAUCAAACGGAUCAAAAAGAAAAUGAAACAAAUUCAAUGCCAUUCAUUACUGAAACAACUGGUGGAGAGUUGAAUUGUAAAAAAAUUUUAUUUGUAAAUUGGUCGUUACCAACAAUGAUAACAAAUGAGGAUUAUUUAAGUGAUUCGAUUCGAUUAUUUAUUUCGAAAUCGAUUCAGUACGUUAUCAUGAAUAGUCAACAAGAGAAUUUAAAAAUUCAAUCAAUUGCAUUUGCAGUUCCUGAUUCAUGUAAACACGAACAAAUUUUAGCAGAAGAAAUGGUUGAAGAAACAAUCAAUCAAAUUAAUUUAACAAAAUCUUUAUCAUUAAAAGUAUCAUUUAUUUUAUUACCCGAUCAACAAACAUUACAUCAACAAUUUUUAAAUGUUAUUCAGACAAUACAAACUACGAAUGAUAAUUUUGGAAUUUUUUGUUGUCCAGCAUCAACCAUUACAAUUACCCUUACAUCAUCAAAUCCUGAAUAUUUUACAGAAUGCGAAAAAAAAAUUAAUAAUUAUUUAAAAAGAUCUACUUUUGAAAUGAAUCUAGAUGGAUUUCAACAUUGGAAUCAAUAUAUGAUCAAUGCUUUUUAUAAAUAUUCUAAUGAUAAACAUGUUUUACCUAAAUUAGAUAAUCAACAACAUAUUGUAUUAUAUGGUCCUAUAAAUAAUGUUUAUGAAGUUUAUCAAAGAUAUCAAUUAAUAAAUGCAUUAAUUCAAGAAAAAACAAAUUUAUUAUCACUAUUUUCAACAAAUAUAUCAUCCACUAAUUUCAAUAUUAUGUUAAGUUAUUCACAAGAUGAUUCGAUAAUAUCACAUCGUUUAGCUAAUCGUCUUAUUGAUGAAGGCUUUUCUGUAUGGAUGAAUUCAAAUCAAUCAACAGAAUUCGAUCAAAUAUUAAGAAAAAUAAAAAAAUCUGAUUGUAUUAUUCUUUGUAUAAGUGAAAAUUAUUUUCAAAAUGAAUUAUGUGAAAAAGAAGCAAAAUAUAUUGAUGAAAUAGGAAAAUGUAUGAUUCCAGUAAAAGUUCAAUAUUAUGAACCAAUUGAAUGGUUACAAAAAUUAAUUGAAAAAGAAUCAUAUUUUCAAUUAUUUGGAUCAGAAAAUCAUUUUAAUUUAGAAUAUGAUAAAUUAUUAUUAAAAAUUGUAAGUUUAUCGAAAUAUGCCAACGACAAAAAUGAUCGAAUUUUAAGAAAAUAG